AGAUGUUGCUUAUCUAUACAAUUUAGGACCAGAUUGGAUGGAGGCAGAGAUAUGGAAUGAACUUGUUGCUUAUUGGAGUACACCAGAGUGGAGAAAGAAAUCAGAAGCUGGUAAAGCAAAUAGAAACGUAGAAAAAGAUGGGACUAUUACGAAACACUCUGGUGGUUCAAUAAAAUUGGAGGUUCAUGAGAAUAGAUUGGCAAAGAAGUUGGGUAGACAACCAACUCAACUUGAACUAUUUCGUGCAACUCACACAAAAAAGGGGAGUCAAGGUGUUUACAUUGAUGGAAAAUCACGACGAGUUGAUGGAGCUUAUUUGAGUGCAAUUGCUGAAAAUGUGAAUGACAAUUGUGAGAGUCCGUCUGCUUUUGAUUUGAAUAAGUGGAUUGAAAUUUCUGGAAGUAGCAAAUGAAGAGUUUAUGGUUUUGGAUCCUCUGAUAUUGCAAAAUCAGGAACUCCAACUACAUCUUUCUCAUGCACAUCAGCUCAUCCUGGAGGACCUUCUCAAACUAUGUUUUCUUUAGAGGAGGUUGAACAAAUAUUAGAGCAAAACCGAAUCAAAAUGAAACAAGACAUGGAGCAAAUGCAAGAGCAAAUGCAAGAGCAAAUGCGAGUGCAGAUAGAAAAACAGAUAAAAGAUCAGAUGAUAUCAUUGAAGAACAAAAAUAUAUCUUCACCGCAUAACACAACUGCAGAUUCAGAUGAUUCAACAAAUUCAUAGAUUAGUUUUAAAUUUUAUAAAUAUUGUUAAGUAUUAUGGAUUUCUUUUUAAUUUUAUGAACAUUGUAAAGUAUUAUGAAUUUAUUUUAAAUUUUAUGAAUAUUGUUAAAUAUUAUAGAUUUAUUUUAAAUUUUAUGAACAUUGUUAAGUAUUAUGAAA